AUGGGUGUGUUGGAUAAGCUUACUAUUGCCGUUGUCGGUACCCAUCCCCAUGAUGCUAAACAGAUCAAAGCCUGGAUCGAGCGAAACGGCGGCAAAUACUCUGCGAAGAUCACCAAGAGCGUCACCCACCUCAUCGCCAGUAAAGAGGCUUACAAGAAACCCGCCGACGCUGUACAACAAGCCCACGACCUCAACAUCCACGUAGUCAGCUAUGACUGGUUCGACGACUCGUUGCAAGCGAAGAAGAAGUUGGGCACUAGGAAGUACACGUGGGAAGUGCUUAUGAAAGAGAGGAGGAAGAAGAAAGAGCUUAAGAGGAUAGGUACUCUGGCGGAUGGCAGUAAGUUCAGGAAAGGUUGUGAGAACAUCGAAGGGUUGACUGGAUCAGGUACGUCGAAGACAUCUCCCGUUGUUGCAAGAAAGCCGAGGAAGAGCAAGAGUUUCUUCUUUGCCACGUCUGCCCCGGCUAUUGCGCCCAUCCCUUUUGUUUCUGCAAAAGAAGACCUCUUACGUAGGAGGGCAGAAAGAGCAGCUGCGUUGGCUGAGGGUACUGGAGCUGGAGCUUGUGAGAGCCAGGCGAAGGACUCUGCUGAAGUCAUGAAUGACACUCCAAGCCCGGCCAGCCAAUCUCCAAAGCCUGUCGCUCUUAUCCAAACACCUCUCAAGAAAUCCAAGCCCCAUGCUACCUCAAAGAAAGUUCCACAGGCUAAGAUUUCUCACUGGAAAGAGGAUUAUCACUACUAUCAAGAUACGGACGGCUUCGAGUAUAAGAUUCUGCUCGUACGCGUGGACAAUCCUCCCUAUGGCUCUGCAAACUACCACAUUGGGCUACUGGAGAGCCAUACAAAGCCGCAUGUGUACUGGGCGCUUGUACAGUACAAGCCCGCCAAGAUCUUACCGGCAGCGGAGAAGGAAGAGAAGGAAGAUGUCAAGCAACAAGUGUCUCUGAGCAGGGACGAAAUCACCCAGCGCCCCGAAGCGAGCCGCCUGCUAUCCAUCAUCACCAAGCCAGCCCCAACACCAGAUGCUCCGUACAACGGCGAGCUAUGCCCCCGCGGCAGUGACUUCGCUACCGCCUUGCGCUCCUUCCGCCACGCUUUCCGCGACCUCACCCUCCUCUCCUGGGAAGAACGCUUCGACGACGACAAAACCCUUCAGAAAGCGCGCGCCCAGCUCCUCAACAUCGAGCCCUUCUGCAUGUAUACAGGCACAACAACCGGCCUCGAAGUCCUCGGCGACAUAUCCGACACCUACGUCCGCGGUACCUCUCUCCUCCCCUCGAUCUCGCACCCCCUCACCCGCCACGGCAUCAUUGGCGGCCCCAUCCACCGCGACGCUGAAGACGCCCGCAAAGCCGAAGAAGCCCGUCUCCAAGCCAUCGCCGACGCAGAAGAAGUCGAAAAGAGGAAGGCUGGUCUACUGCGCGCGAGGGAUAUGAAGGUCAACCAUAAUCGACCCAUGUUUAACGGGCCGAUGGGUAGACCGACGGUGGAUGCGUAUGGCCAGCAUAUCAGUUAUAGGGGGGAUGGCGGGAUGAGUAAGUAUACGGUGCCGAUGCCUGUGGGUGGGGGUGGGAAUGCCAACAGGGGGUUUGUGGCGCCGGAGUUUGCGCAUUUGCUGAGUGGGAGGAACAGGAAGAGGAGGCUGUUUCCGAGUGAGAGGUUGGAGUGA